AUGGCGGAUUCGCAGUUGCUGCUCAAACGGGGUCCUUUUCGCUCCACGUGGCUGCGUGCCCGCAAAACUCGGACACAGCUCGUUCUCAGCCGCCGGCCCCGCCGCCGGCUCGGGACCUUGCGCUGGUGCGGCCGGAGGCGGCUCCGGCGGCGGCUGCUGCAAGCCCAGGCAGCCGGCGCGGACUGGCGGGAGAGCGGCUGCCUGGUGUCGCGCGCUGCGACCCGGAGGCCCAAGACCGCGGCCCCGAGCCCGGCUCCGGCCGCAGCCCCCGCCCCGAGUGGCCCCGCGAGCCUCCCCAUCCCGCCGGUGCGGCCGGCCGGCCCGGGCCGCGCGUUGGUGCUGCUGCCGCUCGAGCAGGGUUUUACUUUUAGUGGCAUCUGUCGUGUGACUUGCCUCUAUGGCCAAGUGCAGGUGUUUGGUUUUACCAUCAGCCAAGGCCAGCCUCCCCAAGAUGUCUUUUCUACCUACACCCACUCUCGAUUGACUAUCAAUGCAGUUCAUUAUUCCAUGCCUGAGAAAAGCAAGAAGGAGAUGAAAAGGGAAGCCCGAGCUUUGCUCAGAUCUCAUCUUAAUCGGGAUGACAGAUGUUGGUUGAUGAAGAAUUUUUCUCCUCUGUGUUCCAUUGUGAUGCUAGAACAACUGAAAACCCCCACUGUGAACUUCUUAGUCCGCCAUCCAGGUUUAUCUUACGUUUUCGUACAAGAGAGUCCAACCUUCCAGAUUAACUCUGAACAUUUAGCCCUGAGGUCUGUUGGCAUUAGAAGAGAGAAGAAGAAAAACGGCCUUCGUUUGACAGAGAGUGCCUUGUCGGCCAUGGAGGAGUUGGUCACCGUGUCCUGUGAAGAAGUAGACGGCUGCCCUGUCAUUCUGGUUUGUGGCUCUCAGGACGUUGGAAAGUCAACAUUUAAUAGGUACCUCAUUAACCAGUUGUUAAAUAGUAUUUCCUGCGUUGACUAUUUGGAAUGUGAUCUGGGACAGACAGAAUUUACGCCUCCAGGUUGCAUUUCUUUACUUAAUAUUACAGAACCAGUUCUAGGACCACCUUUCACCCACCAGAGGACACCACAGAAAAUGGUAUAUUAUGGGAAACCUGCUUGUAAAAACAACUAUGAAAAUUAUAUUGAGAUAAUAAAGUAUGUGUUCAGCUCCUACAAGAGAGAGUCCCCUCUCAUCGUCAACACAAUGGGCUGGGUGUCAGGUAAGCCUGGGAAGGCACAUCUGGCCGGAAAGGUCCCUUUCAAUGCGGUUGCGCUCCGGAUUAUUCAUGCUGAUGUCGCUCCUACCCAUAUAUUAUACGCUGUGAAUGCCAGCUGGGUUGGUCUUUGCAAGAUCCUGGAUGAUGUCAGAGGAUACGCAAAUGGUCCCAUCCUACUCGCCCAGACUCCAAUCUGUGAUUGUUUGGGGUUUGGAAUUUGUAGAGGGAUCGACAUGGAGAAGAGGCUUUACCACAUCCUCACUCCUGUGUCCCCGGAGGAGCUAAGAAAUGUGAAUUGUCUGCUCGUCGGAGCCAUUUCCAUUCCACAGUGUGUCUUCAAGAGCCAACAUGGGCUUGAAGGGACAAUACCUUACAUCACCACAGAUUAUAACUUUAAACUUCCUGGAGCAUCAGAGAAAAUUGGAGCAAGAGAAACCGAGGAGACGCGUGAAGAGAAAGUACACCCAAAACCCAAACUCUAUCGAAAAAUAAACUGAUACUGACAUCAUAGUAAGGGAAGGAGCUUUUACCGGAAAACUGGACUCCCGUCUCCAGCCUGAAGUCAGACUGAUGGUGAUGGCAGGGAGUGGUGCACUUAUGUUGCAAACAGUGUUUCCUCUGUAACUCGUGAAUCUAGAGUCAAUUUAACUCUUUUGAAAGC